GAAAAAUUAAACCAAGGUCAAAAGCAGACAGUCAGUCAUGAGUUUCCUUCAUGAACUAAAUAAGAAGCGCACUCUGCUCAACCAUACCUGCACAAGAGUAACCACAAUUCAAGGAAACACCAUUAUAGAAGAGGUUGUGCAAGGUAAACAAACAUCCCAUGAAGUUCCAGAAAAAAAUCAAAUGUGUCCAGGCUUUGUAGUAGACACCAAGCCUGACUUACAAGUAGCUGAAAUUCUUCCAUCAAUGCUGUACCUUGGUUCACAAGAUGUCACACAGGACAUAGAGCUGUUAAAGAAGUAUCAAAUAACUCACAUUCUAAGCAUAGGAGUUUCAGUUGCACCUCUCCCUGAAAUGUCACAACUGUGUUAUACAUUCGUUCCUGCAUUGGAUUUACCUGAUGAAAAAAUUGACUUUGCACUUGCAACAGCUCUGCCUCUGAUUGAAGAAACCAUCAGUAAAGGAGGGAGCGUCUUUGUUCACUGUAAUGCUGGUGUGUCAAGAUCUCCAAUGGUAGUCAUAGCAUUUUUGAUGGUGCACAGGGGGUUUACAUACUCCAAGGCCAAUGCACUAGUAAAAGAAAAGAGACCUGCGGCAAAACCAAACGCAGGUUUUGUGAGGCAGUUACUGGAGUUGGAAUGCAAAAGUCAAGCCUCUUCAAGUAACAAAUGAUUAUGUUGAGAUUUUAUUGUACUAAGAUACAAUAUCAGCGACAUUUAAAAUUUUUGAUAUAAAUAUAUUUUUGUGAGUUGUUUAUCAACUCACACAACUGUAACUCUGGAAUGUACGAACAGACACCAUUGAAAUAAAAUAAGAUUAUGAGCAACUUCA